AGCAGCACCUGAGCAGUUGACAGAAGCCAACCGGCCAUGGCCACCCCAAAGGCUUUGCUCCUUGCCGCCCUCUGCUGCGCCUGCUUCUUCGCUGCUGUCUUGGCAGCUCGCGAGCUGAGUGACGACUCGGCCAUGGUGGCGAGGCACGAGCAGUGGAUGGCCCAGCACGGCCGCCUCUACAAGGACGAUGCUGAGAAGGCGAGGCGGUUCGAGGUGUUCAAGACCAAUGUCAAGUUCAUCGAGACCUUCAAUGCCGCUGGGAACCGCAAGUUCUGGCUUGGCGUCAACCAGUUUGCUGACCUCACCAACGAUGAGUUCAGAGCCACCAAGACGAACAAGGGGUUUAAUCCAAAUGCGGUGAAGGUGCCUACCGGAUUCAGGUAUGCGAAUGUUAGCACUGAUGCGCUUCCAGCAACAGUGGACUGGAGGACCAAGGGUGCUGUCACUCCCAUCAAGGAUCAAGGCCAGUGUGGAUGCUGUUGGGCGUUCUCGGCUGUGGCUGCCAUGGAGGGCAUUGUCAAGAUAAGCACCGGCAAGCUCAUCUCACUUUCAGAGCAAGAGCUGGUGGACUGUGACGUCCAUGGCGAGGACCAGGGCUGUAACGGUGGUGAGAUGGACGACGCCUUCACGUUCAUCAUCAAGAACGGUGGCCUUACCACUGAGUCCAGCUACCCUUACGCUGCACAAGAUGGCCAGUGCAAGGCCGGAUCCAAUAGCGCCGCAACCAUCAAGGGCUACGAGGAUGUGCCGGCUAAUGACGAGGCUGCCCUCAUGAAGGCGGUAGCUAACCAGCCUGUGUCAGUGGCGGUAGAUGGCGGAGACAUGACAUUUCAAUUCUACUCUGGUGGUGUGAUGACCGGUUCUUGCGGCACUGACUUGGACCAUGGCAUUGCAGCCAUUGGUUAUGGAACGGCGAGCGACGGCACCAAGUAUUGGCUGCUUAAGAACUCUUGGGGCACAACCUGGGGUGAGAAUGGAUUCCUGAGAAUGGAGAAGGACAUCUCCGAUAAGAGGGGAAUGUGUGGUCUUGCAAUGCAGCCAUCCUACCCGACUGAGUAGUCACUGAUCCAAAUGCCUCACACAUAUCCAGUACAUCCACUUGUUCAUGAUGAUUCACUCUUAUGUAUCUGUAAACUGU